ACACCGACCCCUGCAAGGGUUCUCCAGUGCUUCCCUGUGGCAUGGGUGCAUGCACCAAGGCACCUGCCCCUUGGGACCCGUCUGUCCUCCUGCCCUCCUGCAAGUGCCCCUUCAAUCUCCCCUCCUUCCAACCUUUUCAUCUUACCGGCCUGCCCUCCUGCUUCCCUGAAACCUUCACGUGUCGCCAGCUCGCCAGAAACCCAUGUGCCCCGGGGGUGUGCCUUGACGACAUAGACGGCACCUACUCCUGCCUCUGCCCCUCGCCCUACUUCCCCUUCUAUUUCUACCCCAAAGGCUCUGCCCGCUGUUACCAGUUGCAAUCGAUCGAGGUUCGGAUGCCCACCUUCCUGUCGCCCUACGGCCUCACAUGCGCGCUCAUCCUCAACACAUACGGGCUCACCCAAGCAGACUUCUUCAGCCAAAACAAGGGGUUCCAAUGCCGAGCGCCCAUCCCUGUAGACACGCUGGUUAAUGUCACCAGCCGGGCUUUCUCCCAAUGCACUGCCAUGUACACUGCUAAUUACGGUGACACGUGUGACUCACUCAAUGCCCUCUUCUCCACGCAGAUACAGCCGCUCAACCCUGCCCUCACCUGCUCCGACGGGCCCAGGCCCGGCCAGCUCCUCUGUGUAAACUUCAACCAAACAUGGCUAGAACUGGGAAAAACCCGCCUACCAUGCGACCUCUUAGCCCAAAUCACCCCAACCGCAGCCACACCCAGCCCCCAACCACCUCCUCCUCUAGCCAACUACACGAGUGACGGGGCGCUCGUGACUGUGCUGCAGGGCCCACAGACCUGCCAGCAGCUGUGGCGGGCGUUUGCCAUCGCCUCCCCCACGCGCUUCUUCCAGAUGAAUCCUGGCCUCUCGUGCGACGCUCUGCUGCCUUACAGCCCCCUGCAGGGGAAUAUGAUGAGCAAGGUUUGUGUGGCUGCUACUUACUCUCGCCUGACAUGCUCAACCAAGAGGCCAUACAGUGUGAAACGAAACGACUUCUGA